CUUACGUCUUCCGAGCGGCACUUGAAUGCACCGUGAGCGUGCCGCUGAUAAUGAGAGGAGAAAAGGAAGUGCUGUUAUUGCAACAUCUCUGCCACGUCUGAAGGAUCCUCUGCAGCAGCCUGCAGCAGCCAGCGGCGGCUCUGUGCACCGGGAUGGGCCGGUGCUGGGCGGUGUGUGGGGGGAUGAGAGUCAAGAGGUGGGAGUGACCGAAGGAAGAGAGAGGAGAGGAAGGAAAGAGGAAACACGUAGGGACACAACACAGACUGAAGGAAGGAGCUGCUGCGUUUCUGUAGGAUCCAACCCCGCUAUUGUUCACACAUUAGAGGGGGGUUAUUUCUGCGAUUUUCCCGGCGUGGUGACCCAUGCUAAGCUCAGGGAGAAUGGAGGAAUUUGUAACCGAAGAGGAAGAGCCGUGGUACGACCAGCAGGACCUGGAGCAGGACCUCCACUUGGCGGCAGAGCUGGGGAAGACUCUGCUGGAGAGGAACAAGGAGCUGGAGGACUCCCUGCAGCAGAUGUACAUCACUAAUGAAGAGCAAGUGCAAGAAAUCGAGUACCUGUCGAAGCAGCUGGAGGUCCUCCGGGACAUGAACGAGCAGCAUGCCAAAGUGUACGAGCAGCUGGACGGGACUGCCCGAGAGCUGGAACGCACCAACCACACGCUGGUGAUGGACAGCAAGGCCUCGCAGCAAAAAAUAGAGAGGUUAACAGGGACCAUUGAGACUUUGCAGAACCAGGUGGAGUCUCUCUCAGGGCAGGUGGAGCAGCUCCGCUCCAUGGAGCAGCUCCGAGUCAGGAGGGAGAAGAGGGAACGACGCAAGACCAUCCACUCCUUCCCUUGCCUGAGGGAGCUUUGCACAGCGCCCAGGUACGAGGACGAGUUUGUGGUAGGCAGGGCUGAGAGUUUUUCUGUAGAUGUGAAGCCUCAACCGUUUGAAGAGGAGAACCAGCACCUGAGGGAGGCGGUGUCGGCUUUGCGAGCGGCUGUCCGGACUGAGAGAGGGCGUAGAGAGGGUGUAGAGAGGGAGUGCAACCUCCUCAUUGCAGAGUUCUCCACGCUGCAGACGCGAGUCCAGGAUGCUGAGAGCUGCCAGGGGAGAGUGCGUGAGUUGGAGGUAGAGCUACAGGAGCUGCAGCAACUACGUCGUGCUCGGACUUUCCUGCUGAGCAGCGAGGACGACGGCGUGACUCUUACCCAGACUGUCCUCAAUAGCACCCCGGAGACUGACACAUUCCUUGAGGUGGAAGUCGGGGAGACGGGAGGAGGUGUGAGAGAAGUGACUGAAGGUGGAGGAGGUGUGGGAGGAGAGCCUCUCCCCGAGUCCAGCCCUGUGAGGAAAAGCUGCAGCGACACGGCGCUCAAUGCCAUAGUGGCCCGUGACGCGUCCGGCCGAAGGAGAGGCAGCUACGCUCUCCACGCCAACAGCGUGAGGAAGAGGGGGAUGUCCAUCCUCAGGGAGGUGGAUGAGCAGUACCACGCCUUACUGGAGAAAUACGAGGAGCUGUUAGGGAAAUGUAGGCGCCAUGAAGAGAGCCUGUGUCAUGCCGGGGUCCAAACUUCCAGACCCGUCUCCAGAGACCCGUCCAUGAAAGACUGUGCUAUGGGGCCCACCCCGGCCCCUCCACCUACACCUACCCAGUCGCCCUCAACCCCCGAAGCCAUUGAGAGCAUCAGCAAGCAGGUAGAGGCGGUGGACAAGAGGCUGGGACAGAACACUCCAGAGUACAAGGCCCUUUUUAAGGAGAUCUUCUCUCGUAUCCAGAAGACCAAGAUGGACAUCAAAGCUACCAAAGCUGCUAAAGCUAGCAAGUCUGGCAAAUCUGGCAAAUCUAGUAAACAUUAGUGGUGUACGGGAUUGGCUCUAGACAGGACGGUUAUGUGCUAUUUUCAGUGUUAAGUGCUGGAGUUUGUGAACAGGGGCCUAGUGUAAAGAUUCUUAUAGAGGGUGCUAUUUAAGAAAAAAGAAGCUAAAUUCAAGUUUAGUUCAGUCGAGGCAAGAACGCAAAGUUUACUGAAACCUUCCAGCAUACACAUAAAUCUGAUGUGCAUGUGAUCACUGCAGAAUUCAGUCAUAUACAGUAUAUAAAACAUGGUUCAUUAAGAACUAGUCCACACCCCUCAUAUCCUUUAUUCAGUGUUCCUAUUAAAUAUAUACUGGCGUUACCACCUUUAGACAUAUACCACAAUAACAGUAAUAGCAAUAUGCCUCUCAUGAGCCUCACAAAUGCACUAAAUGUUAAAGCUUCACAAAAACACUACAAAGUUGCAUCUCUGAUGAAAACAUGACUGGAAGUCUAAAGCUAUGAACCGUAUCCAUUAAGUUUAUUUCCGUAUAUUGGACGCUACUAACACUUUGUAUAAUUACAGUAAGAAAGACAAAGAGUGAUCUUCUCAGGCCACAGUGCUGUCUGUCUGAGGUGCUAAUGAUUCUCCUUCAUUUAUAUCACGAUACAAAUUAACACUGUUAACAAACAUUUAAAUACGCCUUUAGUCUGGAUGACAUUGCCCCUCUCUUGCACUGCUCUCUUUGACCGUGUUACUGCUUUUUUAAAAGUUUACGGUGCCUCGCCCUUUUAUCUAGAGAUGUGGAGGAACACCUUUCUUCCCAAGUGUUCGAUAAAAAGACUAAAAUACAGUGAAUAUGAAGCUAAAGCCAGUUAGCCUAGCUUAGCAUAAAGAAAGCUAACGGAAACGGUUGUACUAAACAAUUUAUUGACCAGAAGCAGAAACCACAAACUGUUCAAAUUGUUUUUACACUUUUCUGAGCAGAUUAACUAAACAAAAUAUAAUGUGUUAAUUUGCAGCCUUUAGUUUUUUUGUUAGCUUUAGCUGUUGCUCCUUGUUUUGGGGUCUUCAGCUAAGCUAAGCUAAGCUAAGCUAACUGGCAUGCUAGGCAUGCAUGUGAUGACGAUAUUCUAACUGCCGACAAGAAAGCAAAUGAAAGUGUUUCCCGAAUGAACUGUUUUGAACCGAUGUUAAACACUUUUUUUUACAUUCUUGUUUUAUUGCACAGAUGUUUUGAAAGUGAAAACGGGAUUCUAACUGAAGUAUCUUUCUUCAGAACAGUUUGUUAAAA